AUGGAGGUGGUCCCAUUCCCACUGCCACCAAUGGAGCCCGCCGUGGCCGCAGACCCCAUGUGCUUCCUCCCUUUCUGUGAAGCAGGAAAUGGUUUCAACGACGCUGCCUACGGUGCUGUACUUCGAGUUGCCGACUGUCCAGAGCCGCGCCUCUUUCUGCCUGUGCAGGACGAGAAGAGCGCGGCGCCGCGGCAGCAGGCCUCUCCAGACAGGCUGUCCGUCACUUUCGGCGGCGGCGAGGAGGCCGUCUUCUCGCCGGGCUCUCCGCCAGCCGCCGCCAUGGACAAGGUUCGCUUCCCGGGGGACUUCUUCCUCACUUCCCAGGAGGAUGACAAUGAGGAGGACUACUCAGCGAGCGUAAGCGCGAUCCUGCAGCGGCGCGCCUCCACCCGGCGCAGCCGCCGCCACAACCGCCGGCGCCCGUCCUCGCCGUUCUCACUGCCGCCCUCCAUCACCGCCUCCGUGGACCACGAGUCUCUGGGUACGGGGCCGGGCUCCGGGCCCGCACCGCAGCGGAGGCGGUCCUCCGUCUUCACCACCAGCUCUGGAGAGACGGCCAUCUCGGUGGAGGAGUGCAUCACGCAGGAGCAGAUCGUGGAGCGGCUGCGGCUGCACAAGGAGGUGCUGAGCAGCGUGAAGCAGCAGCCGUGGGGCAUGCGGCGCAAGCUGCGGCUGGUCAAGCAGGCCAAGGCGUACGUGAAGCAGCACGAGGGCGAGCUGCGGGAGCGGCGCACCACGCGCCACCUGCUCUCCAGGUGCCACCUGCUCGUCAUCAAGCGGUGGCAGCACACCCGGCGCGAGCUGGACAACCUGAUGAACGCGCUGAUCCCGUGGGAGCUGCGCAUCAAGCAGAUCGAGUCGCACUUCGGCUCCGUGGUGGCCUCCUACUUCACCUUCCUGCGUUGGCUCUUCUGGGUCAACCUCGUCAUCACCGUGCUGCUGGUCGCCUUUGUCGCCAUCCCAGAGAUGCUGACGGCGGACACGCGGACGGCGGGCGAGCGCAAGGAGAUGCUACCGCGCGAGCGGCGCACGGCCACCAACCUGGACACGCUGUGGGACUUCGACGGCGUGCUCAAGUACUCGCCCAUCUUCUACGGCUACUACACGAACCGCGACGCCGCCGACACGGGCUACCGCCUGCCCUUCGCCUACUUCAUGACCGGCAUCGCCGUCUACGCCUACAGCUUCGUCGCGACACUGCGCAAGAUGGCAGAGAACUCCCGCAUGAGCAAGCUGUCGGAGAAGGACGACGAGUGCGUGUUCACGUGGAAGCUGUUCACCGGCUGGGACUACAUGAUCGGCAACGCGGAGACGGCGCACAACCGCGUGGCGUCCAUCGUGCUGGGCUUCAAGGAGGCGCUGCUCGAGGAAGCCGAGCGGCGUCGCGACGCCCGCAAUUGGCGGGUGCUCUGCCUGCGGGCGCUGGUGAACCUGGCUGUGCUGGUGCUGCUGGCGUCUUCCGCCUACGCCGUCGUGGAAGUUGUGAAGCGCUCCAACCAGACAACGCCCAGCGACAGCUGGUGGCGGCAGAACGAGAUCACCGUGGUGAUGUCGCUCAUCCAGUACGUCUACCCCAUCCUGUUCGAGGUGCUGGGACUACUCGAGAGCUACCACCCGCGCAAGCAGCUGCGCAUACAGCUCGCGAGAAUAAUGGCGCUUAACAUGCUUAGUCUCUACACGCUGAUCAUAGCGCUGUUCGACAAGAUUAAAGAUAUGACCGCAGACCUGGAGGACCUGCGGCCGCUGAUAAAGGGCAUCCAGCAGCAGCAGACGACGACGACGCCUGCGACCGCGGCAGAGGGCAGCAGCUGCCGGCAGGUGGCCGUGCAGUGCCCGUCUCCCGCUGCCGCCGCGGCCGCCGCGCUGUCCCUCGGCCUGCUGCUCGCUUCCGGCUCCACGGCUCCUCCCUCCGCCACAGACCUGGCCGUCCACCGACACACCAGCGAAGGAGCCUUCACCGAAGCCACCAGUGACUUCUUGUCGACCUCCUCGAUGCAGCUCACCGUCACAACAGAAGUCGACUACUUGCUGAACUACACCGACCCGGAGGAAGGAGAACAACAGAGCGUCUCAGCCAGCUUACAGACGACAACCGAGGUGCCUUCUCCGGCUUCCGCAGUCACCCACAAUGAAGACGGGCUCAGCCACACCACAACGGCACCCACGCCACCAGUAGGUGGGCAGCCACACACAGCUCCCAACAGAAGCUGCUAUAUCUGGCAGUGCGACGCCACCACGCCUCAGCCACAAAACAGUGCCGGCUCGACAAUUUGUUCUGGUACGCUGGAUGGACAGUUGAACGAAACAAUUCGGGAGCGGUUGCGAGACCGUUGUUGGGAAACUAUGUUCGGCCAGGAACUCAUGAAGCUCACCGUCAUGGACUUGGUUGUGACGGCGGCGUCGACGCUGGUGAUCGACUUCAUCCGCGCGCUGCUGGUUCGCGGGCUGAACGGCUUUUGGUGCUGGGACCUCGAGAAGCAGUUCCCGCAGUACGGCGACUUCAAGAUCGCCGAGAACAUCCUGCACCUCGUCUACAACCAGGGCACCGUCUGGAUGGGCAUGUUUUUCUCGCCCGGCCUGCCGCUCAUCAACAUGCUGAAGCUGGUCAUCCUCAUGUACCUGCGCUCCUGGGCCGUGCUCACCUGCAACGUGCCGCACGAGGUGGUGUUCCGAGCGUCGCGGUCCAACAACUUCUACCUGGCGCUGCUGCUGACGAUGCUGUUCCUGUGCGUGCUGCCGGUGGGCUACGCCAUCGUGUGGGUGGCGCCGUCGUGGCACUGCGGGCCCUUCUCGAACUACCGGCGCAUCUACGAGCUGGUGACGAGGAGCGUGACCGCCGCGCUGCCCGCCUCGCUGCACCGGCCGCUCGAGCUGCUGCUCUCGCCCUCCACCGUCAUCCCGUUGCUCGUGCUGCUCAUCCUCAUCAUCUACUACCUGCUCUCGCUCACAGCAGCGCUGCGAGAGGCCAACAACGACCUCAAGGUGCAGCUGCGGCGCGAGCGCACGGAGGAGCGGCGUAAGGUGUUCCGCAUGGCGGACCGCCGGCUGGAUGGCGGCGCCGCGGCGGCAGGGGACGCCGCCACGCCGUUCGCCCGCUGGCGCCGCGCGGCUGCCGGGCCAGACCACCAGCUACGCGGAAACGGCGCGCUGCCCGGCGGCAUCACCGGCAGCGACCUGCUGGCGAGGCUGGUGAAGCGCACGCUGCGCAUGUCGUCGGCGACGUCGGAGGAAGACGCGGCCACGUCUCCGCCGGCGGGCUGCUCGGCGCUGCCCGAGAUCCGCAUCAGCGCCUCUCCGGAACCCAACGCCGCGGCCGCCGCCGGUUCCCUACCCCGCCACACUUCUCAAAGCAACAAACACACUUCUGUGCGCUAA